AUGUCAGAAAUUAAAGCAAAAAAUGACGCACAAACGAACGAUGAAGUCUGUGAAAAACAUUCAGAGAAAUUGACAGAAGUUUUAAGAGAAUACAUAAAAGAACUGGGAAAUAAACUACAGCUUGUUACAGAAAUAUCAAAAAACAUUUAUGACCAGUAUUGCAAAUCGAAAACUGAUUUAAAUCAAAUUGAGAAUAUUUUCACACUUCAAAAUGCAGCACAGAAAAAAAUAGAAGCUGAAAACAUAAAAGUUGAAAAUCAAUUAAAUCAAAAAAUCUCAUUGAUGCGUAAUGAAUUCUUAAAUGAAUGGAAAAGACUUUAUAAAUAUCAACAGAUGUAUGAAAUUAUAAGACAAGAACUUGACGGAUGUUGUGAUGAAUGCAAUGUGCUUGAUAUGAAGUUAAAAACAGAAAAACGUGACUGUCAUAAAGUUCUGUGCGAAGUCAAACAUAUUGUCAAACACAAUAAAUCAAAUAAAACUUUUCGCGAAGAUAAAUUUUUUGAAAUGACUAAAAAACGUGAUAAAUUUGCCUUGAAAUUGAAUCAAUUGGGAUCCGAAAAUGAUUGUCUUCGACAUAAAAUGUUUGAAAUAACUAAAGAAAUCGACGUUACCCGAAGUGAUCUCAAAAUUCAGUUUGCUUCUGUGAAAAUGUUUGAUGACUGGUCAAUGGAAAAUAUAACAGAAAGAAGGAGAGUUUUGGAAGAAAUGGUUAAAAUUUGUCAUGAAAAUAGCAACCAAGAUGAAGAUUAUCUUCAAUUAAACAAUAAAAUUUCUAAUAUGGCUCGAGAUAUUGAGAACUCCAAAGAAACAAUAAAAUAUCUCAAAGCUCUCUUAAAUACGCUAACAUCAGGAAACAAAAAUCAAGAAUGUAAAUGCAUUUGUAAAAUUCCUGCAAAAACUCUUUAUAAAUUAAUGAAAACAAACGAAAACUCAAUAAAUGCAUUGACGACAGUUGAUGAUUCAUGA